AUCACCUCUUCUUUUCUCUUCAUCCCUUUUCCUUCAUCCCCUCCGCCAUCUCGCCAGCAUCUGACGUCGCACAUCUCUCCACUCUUCCUUUCGUAGUUUUGAUUUCCAUCCUUUUUUGUGGUUGACGUCUUUUUUUUUUAUCUUUUACCUUAUUUCCGUUUUUAAUCUCAUAAUGUCUGCUCUCUCAGCAUCAAAGCAGAAACGUCUUGCAGCCAAGGCCGCAAAAGAGGCUGCCAAAAAGUCAUCUGGUACUUCAUCGCCUGCCACCACUAACGGUCGCAACACUCCCCUCCCAGGAGGCGAUACUGUCGACGGGGAUGAUACUGUUGCCGAUGCUAUUAUUCCUGGACUUAAUGCUAUGAACAUCGCCAAGACGAAAUCUAACGACCGCAACUCGACUGGUGUCUUGACUUCUCAACCUUUGUCCCGUGAUAUCAAGAUUGAGUCUUUCUCGCUCUCCUUCCACGGGCGUGAGCUCAUUUCCAACACAGACAUUGAUCUUAACUUCGGUCGUCGUUAUGGUCUGAUUGGUGCCAAUGGAUCUGGAAAGUCUACCUUUUUGGAGUGUCUUGCCGCUCGUGAGGUUCCCAUUCCAGAACAUAUUGAUAUUUAUUUGCUGCAAGAAGAAGCAGCCCCUUCGGACCACAACGCUAUCGAAGCUGUUGUGGUCGAAGCCAAGCAGGAAGUUGAGCGUUUAGAAAAACUAGUCGAGGAUAUGUUGGCUGAGGUGAACGGUGCUGAAAACCCACUUUUGGAUGAUGUCUAUGAGCGUAUUGAGCAACUGGAUCCCGCUACCUUUGAGACCCGUGCUGGCACUCUUCUUCAUGGUCUUGGUUUCUCCAAGAAGGAUAUGCUCAAACCCACCAAGGACAUGUCCGGAGGAUGGCGUAUGCGUGUCGCUUUAGCCAAGGCUCUGUUCGUCAAGCCCACUCUCUUGCUUUUAGAUGAGCCCACCAACCACUUGGAUUUGGAGGCUUGUGUGUGGCUUGAGGACUAUCUUUCCAAGUAUGACCGUAUUUUGAUCUUGAUUUCGCAUUCUCAGGAUUUCUUGAACGGAGUCUGCACCAACAUCAUGAACUUGAAUCAUAAGCGCAAGCUUGUGAACUAUGGUGGUAAUUACGAUACCUAUGUCAAGACCCGCGCUGAAUUGGAGGUUAACCAGAUGAAGGCUUAUGUCAAGCAGCAGGACGAGAUCGCACAUAUCAAGAAGUUCAUUGCAUCUGCUGGUACCUACUCAAACCUGGUCAGACAAGCCAAGUCCAAGCAAAAGAUUAUUGAUAAGAUGGAGGCUGCUGGAUUAGUCGAGAAAGUCGAUCCCCCUCACCUCUUCAAGUUCAAGUUCUCAGAUGCUGACAAACUGCCUCCACCAGUCUUGGCCUUUGAUGAGGUUGGAUUUGCUUACUCUGGAGACAUGAAAGAUGCCCUUUAUAGAGGUGUAAACCUUGGAAUUGAUAUGGACUCACGUGUUGCUUUGGUCGGACCUAACGGAGCUGGAAAGUCAACUUUGCUCAAGUUAAUGACUGGCGAGCUUACUGCUACGGAGGGACGCAUUCAGCGCCACAUGCAGCUCAAGCUCGGCAAAUACAACCAGCACUCUGCUGAUCAACUCGAUAUGGACCUUUCACCUAUUGAUUACUUGCGCAAGAAGUUCCCUGAGAUGCCUCAGGAUAUCGAUCACUGGCGUCAACAGAUUGGUCGCUAUGGUCUUACUGGUGCUCAUCAGACCGCUCCUAUCGGCACUCUAUCCCAUGGUCUUCAAACCCGUCUUGUCUUUGCAGAGUUGGCAUUGUCUCGUCCACACAUGCUUCUUUUGGAUGAACCUACCAAUCACUUGGAUAUGGAGUCUAUUGACUCUUUAGCUGAGGCGAUCAAGAGCUUCUCUGGAGGAGUCGUCUUGGUAUCUCACGACUUCCGUCUCUUGAAGGAAGUUGCAGAUCAAAUUAUUGUUGUUGAUAAGGGUGUCUCAAUCUUUGAUGGCACGAUCCUCGAGUAUAAGAAGAUUUUACAGAAAAAGUCGCGCGAGUCUACCCUUGCUUAAAUUCUUUUCUUUUUUUUUAUUCAUUUCACCAUCCCUUGCAUUCGCUUUCGAAAGAGGUUUCCAGCAUAACACAUCAAUCAAUAAGAACAUGAAAAAAUAAAUUAACAAAAAAAUAAGCAAAUUAUAUAUAUA